AUGGAAGAACUCCUACUUUAUUGUUCCGUUUCAGCUAACUUCGUCGUGAUUGGGGUGAUGCUCCGCAGACGAUGCGGUCUCUCCAGGUGUUUCACUUUCUACCUGCUGUCGAUGGCUGUGACGGAUCUCCUGGUCAUUAUCACGGGCGCGGUAUUAAUCCGUAUUGUUCCCAUGACUUAUCCAUCCAACUUAUUGACCUUUUCGCCUGGUUGCAAUGUGAAUCUCGCAGUAGCAUACGGCGUGAGAGACUGCUCCGUCUGGGUGAUGGUGAUGUUCACCUUUGAUCGCUUUGUGGCUAUCUGCUGCCAACAACUGAAAACGAAAUAUUGCACGGAACGAACGGCGAAGGUGGUGAUCGGUACAGUUGUUGCCAUGAGCUGUUUCAAAAACAUAUUUGUGUUUUUCGAAUUUGAGCCUGCACACAAUACUGAGCCAACACCAUGCAUAGUUAAAACAUCAUAUUACACCUCGCCUGGUUGGAUAACAUAUGACUGGAUCGACAGCAUUUUAGUCCCUUGUGCACCACUGGUUCUAAUAUUGCUUUUCAACUUCAUAACUAUCAGGUACAUUGUUAGGGCCAUUAGAGUUCGCAGGAGACUCCAGAACGGCGGGAACAGUGAGAGACAAAAUGAUCCGGAGAUGGAGAGCCGCAGGAAGUCCAUCGUCCUGCUCCUUAGUAUCUCUGGCAUCUUCGUUCUCUUCUGGAUACUGGUACUGGUAAGGUUUCUCUACGUUCGCAUUGCCAACGUUUAUUACUUUUCGGGCUCCAAUUACAGUGAAUCAAUUUUUCCUUUAGAAGAAAGCAGUUUCCUGCUUCAGUUCCUCUGUUCCUGCGUGAACCCAUUCAUCUAUGCAGGGACACAGAGCAAGAUCAGAGACGAGAUAAAACUGGCGCUGAAGUAUCCACUGACUCUGCUGAGAAAACGUUAA